AUGGAGAGCAUUUCUAGUUCAUUGAAGAGAUUUCUGAGAAGAAGAAGAAGAUACCAAACGUUUUAUGGAUCGAAUUCGAAUAAAAGGAAGCUUAAAGUGAUAAGGUUAGGUGGAGGAUCACGACGGCUAUGGAAGUUGAGAACAAUUCCAAAGCUGCAAUGGAAACUUGAAUCCCCCGUUAGAGCUCUGGUGAACUUUCAUGAAGCUUAUGUUGAUAUGAUGAUAAGGAUAGCAAAUGGUAUGGGAAAUUUGAAGAGGAAAGGAUUGUUUGGAGGGAAAAAGAUUGCAAAGGAGAGAGAUAUUUCAAUGGUGUUUUGUGGAGAGGCAUUGGUUGUAGAUACUAAGUUGGUCCUUGAAAUUUAUAAGAGUAUGGCUGCUUCCCACACUGAGUUAAGAGGGUCUUCAUGUAACUGA